AUGUCGCAGCAAAAGGGCAAGCAGGGCAAGAAGCCCGCCAAGGCCGGCGAGGGCAAGCGCGAGGAUGUGCUCCAGGCUGUGGUCAUCGCCGACUCCUUCCAGGACAGGUUUCACCCGCUCACCAUCGACCAGCCGAGAUGUCUUCUACCCCUCGCCAACACGCCCCUCAUUGAGUACACCCUCGAGUUCCUGGCCAUGAACGGCGUCCAGGAGGUGCAUAUAUACCCCGGAGCCCACGGCGAGCAGCUCGAGGACUACAUCAACCGCUCGCGCUGGUCCACCUCCUCCAACAAGAGUCCCUUUGCCAACCUCUCCUUCAUCCGCGUGUCCGAUGCUCGUUCCGUCGGCGACUUCCUCCGUGACCUCGACGGCCGUGGUUAUAUUGACGGCGACUUUGUGCUAGUCCAUGGCGACCUCGUAUCCAACAUAUCUCUCGAGAAGGCGCUGACGGGGCACAAGGCGCGGAAAGAGGCCUCGGCCACCAAUAUCAUGACUGUUGUGCUGCGCUCCGGCGGUGACGACGAACACAGGACAAAGGCCAACGGCAUCACACCAACAUUUGUCAUCGACUCCAAGACGAGGAGAUGUCUUCACUACGACGAGUCGCAUCCCCUCCAGAGCGACCACUACAUGACACUCGAUCCUACCAUCAUCGACGAGCUGUCGGCCGAUUUCGAGGUCCGCUCCGACUUUAUCGACGCCCAGAUCGACAUUUGCACCCCCGAGGUGCUCGCGCUGUGGUCAGAGAGUUUCGACUAUGAGCUGCCGAGGAGGAAUUUCCUGCACGGUGUGCUCAAGGACUGGGAGCUGAACGGAAAGGCCAUCUACGCCGAGAUCCUGGAGGACGGCUACGCGGCGCGCGCCAACAACCUGCAAAUGUACGAGGCCAUCAGCAGAGACGUCAUUGGCCGCUGGACAUUCCCAUUCAUCCCCGACUGCAACGUCCUGCCCGGGCAGAGCUACCAAAUGCGCAAGCACGGCGUGUCGGCGGAAGAUGGUGUUGAGUUUGCGCUGAGCAGCAGGGUGUCCAACGCCAUCUUUGGCAAGAACACGAUUGUCGGAUCAGGCAGCACAGUCAGCGGCAGCAUCAUCGGCAGGCGGUGCACCAUUGGCGUCAACGUGACCAUUGAGGACAGUUUCAUCUGGGACGAUGUCAUUAUUGCCGACGGCGCCGUCGUCAGGCGAUCGAUACUCGGCCACUCGACCGUCGUGGGCAAGAAGGCGUCGGUCGGCGAAGGUUCCGUGCUCUCGUCCGAGGUGACGGUCAGCGACGACAUUCACCUGCCCGAAAGCACAGUCGUCUCCUCGCUCGCCCACGACGGCAAGCCCGUCGACCCAGACACCAAGCUGCUGGGCCCGCGCGGCCGCGGCACCGCCUAUGUCGACCCCGAAGCCGAAGACUUUGACGACGAAGACCCGGCCAUCCUCCAGCGCUCCCUCCUGUACAACCUCUCCGCGCUCUCCCUCAGCGCGUCCUCCCUCUCGACGCUCUCGUCCGACCUCGACUCGACCUUUGGCGACGACGACUACAACACGUCGCUGUCAGCCGACGAGUCGCGCCACCGCCUCUCGUCCUUCGCCUCGGACGACUCGGGCGCCGGCGGCAAGUCGUCGUCGUCGUCGUCCUCGUUCCACCAGGACGCCGUGCACGGCCUCCUCGACGCGCUGCGCGACGACACGGGCGACUUCGACUCGGCCAAGCUCGAGUUCAUGGGUCUCCGCCUCGCCAACGACGCGUCGGACGUGCAGAUGCGCAAGGCCGUCGCCGUCGCCUUUGCCCGCCGCGCCGCCGAGCUCCUGACGCCCGCCCACGGCGCCCUCGAGCCCGCCAAGGCCGCCGACGCCGCCCUCGCCGCCCGCAGCGGCGCCCCGUCCUUCAUCCGCGAGGUCGGCGUCGGCGGCGGCGAGCCCGAGCAGCGCGAGUUCGUCCUCGCGCUGCAAAAGGCCCUCGUCAACGUCCGCGCCCUCGAGGCCGCGCGCGCCGGCACCGUCCUCGCCGCGCUGCUGCAGCAGCUCUACAGCCUCGACGUGCUCGAGGAGGAGGCCAUUGUCGCGUGGUGGGGCGACGAGAGGGCCGCGGCCGGCGAGGGCAUGGCCGCCGUGCGAGAGAGGUGUAGGGUUCUCGUCGAGUGGCUCGAGAACGCCGAGGAGGAGGAUGACGACGAGGAGGAUGACGAGGAUGACAGUGACGACGAGUAG